CUGCAGCUGGUUCACUUUAUGCUUGCUUCUUAAACGUGUAAAGGGGUACGGUGCGCGCGCACGCAGGGCUCUAGCGUGACCGUGCACGCUCUCACCGUGUCCCCGUCGCGCUCGUGCUCGCGCAGUCUUGAAUUUGUCCCGCGGAUGCACGCCAAAGACAAGAAGACAGCCCAACCAACAGAAGUGGACCAGUAGUCCCGUCUCUUCGGAACCACGCCAGCGAGGACAGCAGGACGCGGAGACCAAAGUGGGGAGGACAGAACGGUUCGGAACCUCCGGACCUCUUCCGAGUCGAGGGCUUGUAGGCGGAAAGGAGAGUGGGGGGACACCGGCUCCGUGUUCCGGGGCACCAAGAAGUCCGAACCGUCUUUCUGGAUGAAAAACAACAUGCUGUGACACCGCGGAGCUGCGAACCAUGGCGGGGCUCCACGCUUCUUCGGAUCCGUCGGGACAUUUUUUGGACUUGAGCCGGCCGACCGCCGCCGCCAUGGCCGCGGGGCUCGGCGGGGACACGGCAGCGCUGCCUCCGGCCGGCACGCGCCCCUACCUGGAGGUGUCCGCCGGCGCUGCCCGGGGCUACGAGGGAGUUUACAGCAAUGGGCGCUACCGGGAGCACAGCAGCCCGACGGUGGGCGCUGGCAGCCGGGAUCCGUCCGCGGAGAGGAGCCAGGGAGGAGCGAACACACCUUGCGGCAUCAUGAAGGACGGAUCCAAGCAGAAGCAGGUGAGGAAGAAGACGGUCUCCUUCAGCUCGAUGCCAAGCGACCGUAAGAUCAACAGCACGGCGGCCUGCAUGGCUUUCAUGAUGGAGGGCUGUGAGAUGAAAAAAGUGCGCUCCAACUCACGCAUGUACAACCGAUACUUCCUGCUGGAUCCGGACAUGCACUGGCUCCGCUGGGAGCCUUCCAAAAAGGACUCUGAGAAGGCCAAGCUUGAGAUCAAAAGCAUCAAGGAGGUUCGAUUAGGGAAGAAGACCCCAGUCCUUCGCAGCAAUGGCCUCUCAGAUCAGUUCCCAGAUGAAUGCGCCUUCUCAAUCAUCUACGGGGACAACUACGAGUCGCUGGAUUUGGUUGCCAGUACAGCUGAUGUGGUCAGCACCUGGGUGAUGGGCCUGAGAUAUUUGGUGUCUUAUGGCCGACACACCGUGGACAUGGUGGAAUCCAGCCAACCGAGUCUACGAACAUCUUGGAUUAGCUCUGUGUUUGAGCUGGCAGACAUGGAAAAAGAAGGACACAUAGACCUUUUCAGGGCCACUCAGAUUAUCAAGGGGCUCAAUCCUGGAAUGAAAGAGUCGAGAAUAGAACUCAAGUUCAAGGAACUCCAGAAAGAGAAAGACGAAUAUGGAGAGGCAAUUAACAUGGACACCUUUGUGGAGGGCUACUGUGAGCUGUGCACGCGCCCAGAAAUUUUCUUCUUGCUGAUGCAGUUCUCCAGUAACAAGGAGUACCUGGACUGUAAAGACCUGAUGCUUUUUGUGGAGGUGGAGCAAGGUGUAGAAGGCGUAUCGGAGGACAUGUGCAGGGAUAUGGUUCUAAAAUACGAACCAUCUUCCGAAGGCAGGGAAAAGAUUUACCUCUCCAUCGAUGGCUUUACACACUACCUCCUCUCCUCUGAGUGCCACAUCUUUGACCCCCAGCACAAACGUGUGUGCCAGGAUAUGACUCAGCCCUUGUCCCACUACUACAUCAACUCUUCACAUAAUGCCUCCCUUCUGGAAGACCACUUCUGGGGUUCGUCAGACAUCAGCAGCUACAUUCGUGUUCUCAGAAUGGGUUGUCGCAGCAUCGAGGUCAUUGUGUGGGAUGGCCCUGAUAAUGAGCCAGUGGUGUAUGUAGGUAGCUCUGUGGCUUCACAGCUUGCGUUCUCCAAGGUUUUGGAUAUCAUCAACCAAUAUGCCUUUGAGAGCUCUGAGUAUCCCCUCAUUCUCUGCUUGGUGGCUCAUUGCUCCAUCCCUCAGCAGAGGGUCAUGGCCCAACACAUGAAAAAGAUUCUAGGAGAUAAGCUAUUUGUUGAUUCCCCCAACAAAGAUGAAAACUACCUACCCUCUCCUGAGAAACUCAAGGGUAAAAUUCUCCUCAAGGGUAAGAGGCUAGAGCCCAGCUGCACUGACCCCGAGGGGGAUGUGACAGAGGAGGAAGAAGGUCUAGAGAUGUCCAGAAGGGUGGGAGUAGAUGACAGAGACCAUCUUAAUGGUUUGGGUUACAAAAGGCUCAGGCUGUGCAAGGAGCUCUCUGACCUUGUAUCUCUGUGCAAGUCAGUCCAGUUCAGAGACUUCGAGACAUCAAAAAGGGACCAAAAAUACUGGGAGAUUUGCUCCUUUAAUGAGGUGGAUGCCAACAGGUUUGCCAAUGAGUUCCCAGAGGAGUUUGUCUGCUACAACAAGCGCUUUCUCUCCAGAGUGUACCCCACACCAAUGAGGAUUGAUGCCAGCAACAUGAACCCCCAAGACUUCUGGAAGUGUGGCUGCCAGAUUGUGGCCAUGAACUACCAGACACCCGGCUUGAUGAUGGACCUCAACCUGGGCUGGUUCCGUCAAAAUGGUAACUGUGGGUAUGUGUUGCGGCCGGCCAUCAUGAGGGAGGAGGUGUCUUACUUCAGUGCCAAUGCUCGGGAUUCCUUGCCAGGGGUGUCCGCUCAGCUCCUUCACAUUAAGGUCAUCAGUGGGCAGAACCUGCCUAAGCCCCGCGGCUCUGCAGCUAAGGGUGACGUGGUGGAGCCGUACAUAUACGUGGAGAUUCAUGGCAUCCCAGCUGAUUGUGCCGAGCAAAGAACCAAGACCAUGUCCCAGAAUGGCGACAACCCCAUUUUUGAUGAGAGCUUUGAAUUCCAGAUAAACCUACCUGAACUGGCAGUCUUGCGCUUUGUGGUUCUGGAUGAUGACUACAUCGGGGACGAGUUCAUCGGUCAGUACACCAUCCCGUUUGAGUGCCUGCAGCCCGGAUAUAGGCACGUCCCCUUACAGUCUCUGACAGGCGAGUUCCUACCCAACACAACACUGUUUGUCCACGUGGCCAUCACCAACAGACGGGGUGGAGGGAAGGCCCACAAGAGAGGUAUAUCCGUCAUGAAGGGGAGGAAAGCACGGGAGUACACCAACACUAAGACCACUGGGAUCAAAGUGGUCGAUGAACUUUUCAGAGCUUCUACACAGCCGCUUAGGGAGGCCACAGACCUCAGAGAAAAUGUACAGAAUGCUAUGGUGUCCUUCAAGGAGCUCUGUGGCCUGACGCCUGCAGCCAACAUGAAGCAGUGCAUCCUGACCGUGUCCACGUGGCUGAUGAACAGCGAGCGCUCUCUGCAGGUGACUGUGGACCUGAGUGAGACCUACCCCACCAUGGAGGCUCAAGGACUUGUGCCGGAGCUGCUGCGCAAAGUUCUCAAUGCCUACGACAUGAUGAUCCAAACCAGCAGAACACUGAUCGAGUCCGCUGAUGUGGUCUACUCCAAGCUGGUUCAAGCACAACGUGCAGGUCUGGACUUCCACGAGGACCUCCAUUGCAUCGGCGCAAAGGAGGGUCUGAAAGGUCGUAAGCUGCAGAAGGCCAUGGAGAGCUACGCGUGGAACAUCACAGUGCUCAAGGGCCAGGCAGACCUGUUGAAGCAUGCAAAGAGCGAGGCCCUGGACACCCUGCGGCAAAUCCACUGUGCGGCUCAGUCCUGUGGGCUCAGUAAGAAUGGAGCCUCCUCCCCCCAGCCGCAGCCUCUUCAUCCUCACCACCCCCACCCCCUCCAUAUGCAACAGCACCACCCUCAGGCCAAGACCCCUCCACAGCAGCCUUCACUGAUGCCCCAGUCACAGACUCAAGCCCAGACCGGACCUCCUCAUUCCCCGCUGACACCCCUCCCUCUGCUUCAAAGUGUUCCAAAACCUCCAGCGUACAAUCCUCCCCCGGACCUACCCCAGUUCCAGAGAGCGGCCGGCCGUAUGGACUCCAUCUUGGAGAAGGAGGCGUUCAGCGGUGAUCCCGCGGCAACCUGCUGACCCGCAGCCUGUAUCCACAGAGACGCCAAGGGGACGGACGAGGGAGAAAGUAUGGAGGAAGUGGCGAGCGGGGACGGUAAAGAAAGGGAGAUGGAGCAGAUGAUGAUGGCGAUGAUGAUGACGGCGAGGAAGGGUCGCCGCGUGAGAAGCGAGACGCAAGUGUGAAAGGUUAGCGUUGGAGAGAGAGCUGACAAAGACAACGCGACCAGAUUGUCCACUGUCAUGCAUUUGCAUUUUAGUCCAUGUCCACACAGACACACGUGUUUCAACCAGUGUUUUUGCUCUUUUGUCCACGGGCAAUGAGUCUCAUCCGUUUCGCUUUUGUACUUUUGCCAAAAUAAAACAUGAAAAGGCUGUGCAAGUUGUAAACGUAACAUACUGCGUGUUCACUGCAAACCUUUCAAAUUUGGUAAAAACGUGUAGCGCAUCUCAAAUUUCCCUAUUUUCCUCUUAGAAUCGUCCCUCGCUACAUCUACAUCGCGCUUUGAACAUCGCUCCCUCACCCUAUCGGGUUUUUUGAAAAUGAAUGAAUGAAUUAAUGACGUCUGUUGCGUGGUGAACUAUGGACUAUUCCAUCCAUCCAUUUUCUAUGCCGCUUCUCCUCAUUAGGGUUGUGGGGGUAGGCUGGAGCCUAUCCCAGCUGACUGGUCGCCAGCCAAUCGCAGGGCACUAGGGGCUAUUAUUAGCCAAAAAAUAUUGAAGGAUAAGUUAUAUGUAGUACUCUGGUCACUAGGCAUCAGUAAUGUUACAUUGAUGAGACGUGCACUGCAUGUAGUCAGCCAUGAUAUGUCUGACAUUAAAUAGUGAAGUUCUCCUCCCAUUCCGUGUGGAAGUGGUAACUUUUUGGUGUCUUACUUUGUCCUUUGUUCCCGCUCCGUUUGAAACACUUUAGUUUAGAGUUUAGAAUAAUAAAUUCGAGGCAAACUAGUUUAAUCGCUGGCUUGCUAAGCUUAAAGCGCCGGCCGUCUCUUGCGUCCCUGCAGUGAUCCCGUAGCCGGCGCAUGAGAGUUGUAUAAAUGAGGAAUAAUAGCGGUGUGAAGGUGAAUAUAGGGGUGUUAUUUCAUGUCUACAGGGCUCUCAUAAUGGUAAAAAACGUAUUUAGAAAGCCAUAAACAAGGUUUCUAUGCUGGCUAGAUUUUAUUCAAAGUAUUAGCAAUUUCGAAAUUCAAAGUUGGUAAAUGGUAAAUGUGUUUGAGUUGCAGGAUUUAUUCGGGUGUCAAUUGGACGCAGGUGAUAAUUGAAACGAGGCUUGUUGUUUUCCAUACGUGAAACCUCUUACAUACUGUAUACAUUUUUAAACUUAAAUAAUGUUUCGGCGUGCAUGAGAAAACAUUGCUCUCUUUGACACAUGUUUUUUUAUGAGCAAGUAUAUUACUACAACGCAGCAACAACAGAACCAAUGUUGUAAUAGCGGUACAGAGCAAACUGCUCUGCCAGCAUUAAUACUGCUGUUGAGUUCAACAGUACUACAAGUGCAACACGCAUGACUUCCACACCCAUUGUGGACAUUUUAAAGCGCAUGCAGAGGUAGACAAAGCUGCUGGAUGCUGACCACUCAUCUAUCUUGUAGCGUUAAUUAAAAAAAAAAAAAAAACAUCAGGAGGUUGCUUACGGUCACAGCUGUUAAUUCCAACGUGUUUUCCACCACGGCGGUUAGACCACACCGGGCAACAAAAGGAAACUCUGCAGUUAAGACUUUAAUUUGACAAUUUACAAUAUUUUCCUUCCCCCCCCUUGAUUUGUCUGUGUUCUUGUGCGUUUUCCUCAAAUGCGCCCGUACGCUUGGGGGCUAUAGCGCCACCUGUUGCUUUGGUCACCUGCAAAUGCACUGGCUUGUGUCCUGUUUUUUCAAAUACCGUUGGCUGUGUGGACGGAGCUUUAGUUUCGCGCUCCUCGUCGUCUUCUUCAGCUCUCUCCAAAGUUCUCCCUUGUCUCUCCCUCUUGGAGCGACACUUUGAUUUUUUUUCCCAAGCACCUCCACUUUCUAUCCUCUGUGGGUACAGGCUGCACCUCAUGACUGCUUUUCAUUGGAUCACACUUUGCCUUUGGACACGCCUCCAGUUUUUUUUAAUUUGUAUUUCUACACAUUUUUUGGGCUUUUCCUCUUCCUCUGGCAUCCUUCUUCACAGCAUUUUUAAAUAAUAUUGAUUCCUGGAGUGGCACACCCUCCCCAGGGAGGGUUUGGGCCUCUCUCCAGGAACCAAGCCCAGUUUCCCUAUUUUGUUCUUCAACCUGCGAUCGACAUUUUUCAACCAUCAGAAAUGAAUUACCAGGAUUUGAACUCCUCUUUUUAUGAGUUCUCCUCCAGGGGGCGAUGUUGCCCCACCCAACCACAACUGGAAAACUGCCCUUUAAAUGUCGAGGGUCACCACAGAGUAUCGUGAAUCUAGAUGUAAACUCAUUUCAAAUGUAAGAAGGGAUGCUAUAUAUAGAUAUAUAGAUAUAUAUAUUGCCAUAAGGACGGGUGUAGACAUGAAUGAUUCUAAUUAUCGUUAGUUGUAUGGAUAUUCUAACUUUUUUAACUAUUAAUUCCACAUAUGUGAUUGUUUGGACACCCGGCGCACUUUAAGCACGUGGGACUGCAAUGAGGGAUUUACGGGUUAGCGCCACAGCGCCAGGGUCCAAAAAGGUAAUGAUGCUGAUCAUUUGAAACAGGUGUGUAUCACUGCAAAACGCGUGUGGAUUCUGUCAUAGUGACCCAUUAAAAGCGGCGUCAUUGUUUA